AUGAUAUUUGAGAAAGAUAGAAGAGAGCAAGAAACAAUGAUGCAUGUUGCAGAGCGUUACAUGGAAGAAUUAGCAAAUAGAUGCAUGAUCGAGAUUAAAGUACAUGAACAGGGGAAGCAUGCAAUAACAAAGUUGGAGUCAUGUCGGAUUCAUGAUCUUAUGAGAGAUCUAUGCUUAGCCAAGGCAAAAGAGGAGAAUUUGUAUAAACUGGUCGAUCGAAGUACUUCACAAGAUUCUCCUUAUGCAAUUGAAGCACAGAAUAUUCAUGAAUUGAAAAUCGUGGAUUGUUUAUGCAAGAAGUUGCCGGAUUACCAAUCCCAUAUGUUUCCUGACCCUGCAAUACUUGCUCAAUUGAAGCUGUAUUGUACUAGAAUUGAGGAAGACCCGAUUGGAACACUCGAGAGGCUUCUUAACUUAAGAAUGCUGGAACUUGGGAUGGAUUCUUUUCGCGGCCAAGAAAUGAUUUGCCACUCAAUGGGAUUUCCCCAACUAAAACAUCUCGGGCUUCAUGGUUUGGGUAACGUAAAGCAGUGGAAAGUGGAAGAAGGGGCCAUGCCCAAGCUCUCAAGUUUACGGAUUAGGUACUGUAAAAAAAUUGGAAAUGAUUCCACAUCUGUUGAGAUUUUUAACCAAGUGGUAACUCUUGUGCAAAUGCCUAAAGAAUUCAACAAUAGUGUUAGGGUAGAGAAUGUUCAACAAGGAGAAGAUUAUGAUAAAAUAAACCAUGUGCCUUCAGUUAAUAUUCGCAGGAAUAUUCAUGAAUUGAAAAUCGUGGAUUGUUUAUGCAAGAAGUUGCCGGAUUACCAAUCCCAUAUGUUUCCUGACCCUGCAAUACUUGCUCAAUUGAAGCUGUAUUGUACUAGAAUUGAGGAAGACCCGAUUGGAACACUCGAGAGGCUUCUUAACUUAAGAAUGCUGGAACUUGGGAUGGAUUCUUUUCGCGGCCAAGAAAUGAUUUGCCACUCAAUGGGAUUUCCCCAACUAAAACAUCUCGGGCUUCAUGGUUUGGGUAACGUAAAGCAGUGGAAAGUGGAAGAAGGGGCCAUGCCCAAGCUCUCAAGUUUACGGAUUAGGUACUGUAAAAAAAUUGGAAAUGAUUCCACAUCUGUUGAGAUUUUUAACCUAGUGGUAACUCUUGUGCAAAUGCCUAAAGAAUUCAACAAUAGAGUUAGGGUAGAGGAUGUUCAACAAGGAGAAGAUUAUGAUAAAAUAAGCCAUGUGCCUUCAGUUAAUAUUCGCAGGACAUCAUCUAUUGUAACUUCUGUUCUGUGA